AUGAAUAAAGAUUGGGUUCAUUGGCCAAGGGGUGAUCUUCCAUAUCAGGAGGCCUUGAAGAAUUUCAUAGAUACCGUUUGUCAGAGACUUGGAAAUCCUUCUGAAUUCAGUUUUCCUUGUGUUGAUUGUAAGAAUCUCACUUUCCCACUUCCUCCGAAAGAAGUGCAUCUUCACUUGCUGAAACAAGGUUGGGAUCCUACAUACACUGAGUGGGUUUUUCACGGGGAGACUAUACACACUUCUACUGAUGUACACCAAGAGGGAGCAACAAGGGGAUCAUAUCAUAUAGAUGCUGCUGUUGAAGCUGAUGCACAUAUCGAUCAGGGACAUGAACCUGUGCAAGAUGAGGGUUUGGAAAACCAUGUGGAAGAGGCGGACACACUGUUAUAUCCUAAUUGUAAAACACACACAAAGUUAUCCAUCACUUUUGAAUUGUAUAGGCACAAGACAGUAAAUGGUUUAUCUAGGAAAUCUUUUGACGAACUUCUCAAGACAAUCGGUUCCUUGUUGCCCCCAGAUCAUGGUCUUCCUUGCUCAACAUAUGAAGUGAAAAAGCUGCUGAAAUCUUAUCAAUUGACUUACCAGAAAAUACAUGCUUGUAUUAAUGAUUGUUGUUUGUUUAGAAAAGAUUUGAAAGAUGCAGACGAGUGUCCUCAAUGUCAUUAUUCUAGGUGGAAGGAAGACACAUCUAACAUGGACGAUGCUGAAAUGAUAGACAAGCCGCAAAAGAAGAUACCAGUGAAGGUGCUUAGGUACUUCCCCAUUGUGCCGAGAUUGAGAAGAUUGUUUCAAUCAGCAGCACUGGCUGAGCAGUUGAUAUGGCACGCGAGGAACAAGAGUAAGGAUGGGAAGAUGCGUCAUCCAACAGAUUCUUUGGCUUGGAAGCACAUAGAAAAAAAGUAUCCUGAGUUUGCUUCAGAUCCCCGUAAUUUGCGUCUUGGGCUUGCUGCUGAUGGAUUUAAUCCAUUUGGUGAUCUUUCCGUAGCCCACAGUUGUUGGCCAGUGAUGCUCGUGGUUAAUAAUUUUCCCCCUCAGUUGUGUAUGCAAGGGAAGGCAACCUGUCCUCUUUGCGGUGAAAAUACACUUUCAAACUGGUUGGCAUUUAGUCGUAAAACUAUCUACUUGAAUCAUAGGAGAUUUCUUCGUCAUAAUCAUCCUCUUCGGCAGAAAAAAGACUGGUUUGAUGGAGAGAUUGAGAGGAAGGAAAAGCCACCUGUUAUGUCUGGUGCUGCGGCACUUGAAUGUCAUAAUAGUAUUGCAAAUGAGUUUGGGAAAGCGGAGAAGAACGAGGAGGAGAUAAGGAAAAAGAAAGAGCAAAAGAAGAAGAAUAAGGGCAAGAGUAGUGCGGCAGCAAGUGCAAAUGUGGGUAAUUAUAAAUGUGGGAAGCGGAAAAGGGAUGUUGUUGCUGAUGCGGCUAUUUCUGGUGCAAAUGAUGAUGAAACUGAACUUCGGGUGUUUAACAAACGAUCAAUAUUCUUCGACUUGCCUUACUGGAAGGAUGAGAAAUUUAAAGGUCCAUAUGGUUUUAGUUCUGAUCUUAGAAAGCAUUUCUCAAAAGAUGGUUGCUUAGGUGUUCUUAAGGCUCAUGAUUACCAUGUUCUUAUGCAACAGAUAUUACCCGUUGCUUUGCAAGGACUUUUACCUGUAGGGCCAAGGGAGGCAAUUUUCAGGUACUUCCCUCCGUCACUUUUUGAUGUCAUGAUGCACUUGACAAUUCACCUAGCUAGAGAAGUGCGAUUAUGUGGACCUGUACAAUAUCGUUGGAUGUAUCCAUUUGAAAGGUAUUUUGAUAUUCGUAAGUCCCAAGCAACUGAAACAGGAGUAAAGCAAAGGCGUAACGAAAACACUCAAAAUGGUUCCACACCGGCAGCACGUCCUCUUUCUAAAGGUGUCCAAGUGCGUAUGGAUAGUGAGAAGUUAAAGAUAGCUCACAGAUAUGUGCUUUUUAACACACCCGAAAUUGACCCAUAUAUGAUAAUGCAUAUGUACGAGUUAAAAUCUCCUGCUGGGAGGGCAAUUACUAGUGAAGACCAACUCAAUUCCAUACAGUCUGACACAUUUGCAGAUUGGUUUCAACAAAAGGUUAAGAUGCAAACUGAACAAGGCAUGCCAAUAUCACACACGGUAGAAUGGUUGUCAUAUGGGACGUUAGAAAACUGCAUAUCAUAUAAAGGCUUGCUUAUCAAUGACACUAGGUUUAUUACGAAGGAUGUUAAGAGAGUCACACAAAACAGUGGAGUUUCAAUUGAAUCAACAACCUUAGUUGAAGGAUUGUCAGAAACUAGUGGGUUCUACGGUGUUUUAGAAGAAAUUCUAUUGUUGGACUACAAUCAUAUGUUUCAAAUUCCAAUAUUCAAAUGUGAUUGGGCUCACACCAAUUUUGGUGUGAAGGUAGAAGAUGGAUUUACAUUAGUCAAUUUAAAGCAGCAUAAGAACCAAUACUGUAACGAUCCAUUCAUUUUAGUAAAGCAAGCGCGACAAGUUUUCUAUUCUCGAGAGUCAAAUACAUCUAACUGGUAUGUGAUGGUGAAACCACCGCCUAGGGGUUUCCAUGAAUUAGAGGAAUACAAUGAAAAGCAUGACACAAAUUUCCAACCAGUGGAUACUUCAACUCUUGGUUUCCAAAUGGAUGACGAGAGACGAGAGUUACUUAAGAGAAGAUGGGGAAUAUACCAUAGUGGUUCCGACAAAGAAGAAGAACAAAAAGAAGAAGAAAAAGAAGUUCACAAGUUAGAUCAGUAG